GUGUAUGAGCCCAUUGACCUUUUGACAAACAACAGAUCUGGACGUGUGCGGAAAAAGCAUUGCAAGUUUUGGAUCAGCAAGCACAAAAGGAAGACCAAGCAUUUCUGUACUGAGAGAGACCCGAAGCAAUUAAUGUCAAAAGACAAGCGAAGCACCAUGGGCUCUAAUGGAGUGACCAACACAGACCCGGUCAUCCUGGCCACAGCUGGGUACGACCACACCAUCCGCUUCUGGCAGGCCCACAGCGGCAUCUGCCACCGCACCGUGCAGCAUCCAGAUUCUCAAGUCAACUCCCUGGAGAUCACACCUGACAGACAGAUGAUAGCAGCAGCAGGAUACCAACACAUCAGGAUGUAUGACCUGAACUCUAAUAACCCCAACCCAGUGGUGAACUAUGACGGCAUCAGUAAGAACGUGACGUCUGUCGGGUUCCACGAGGAUGGGAAGUGGAUGUACACAGGAGGGGAGGACAGCUGUGCCAGGAUCUGGGACCUCAGAUCACGAAACUUGCAGUGCCAAAGAAUAUUCCAAGUGAAUGCCCCCAUCAACUGUGUCACUCUACAUCCCAACCAGGGAGAGUUGAUAGUCGGAGACCAGACUGGUGCCAUCCAUGUGUGGGACCUCAAGACAGACCACAACGAACAGCUGAUCCCAGACCCUGAUGCAUCUAUCCAGUCAGUCAGUAUAGAUGCUGAUGCUUCAUACAUGGCUGCUGUCAAUAACAAGGGCAUGUGUUAUGUGUGGACCCUAUCAGGAGGAACAGGAGAAGAACACACCCAGCUUCUCCCUAAAACAAAAAUCCAGGCGCACAAGAGGUAUGCGCUCAAGUGCAAGUUCAGCCCAGACUCCACACUUCUGGCCACCACCUCAGCUGACCAAUCAGUAAACAUCUGGCGAACGACGGACUUCUCGCUGAAGUGUAACCUUGCGCUGAAGAACAGCACACUGACGGAGCAGGUGCAGAAACGCUGGGUGUGGGACUGUGCCUGGUCCAGCGACUCACAGUAUCUAGUCACAGCUUCGUCAGACAACAUGGCCCGUCUGUGGGCAGUGGAGCAGGGUGAGGUGAAGCGUGAGUACAGUGGACAUCAGAAGGCUGUUAUAUGUCUGGCAUUCAAUGACUGCCCACCAACUUAAGAAACUUCCAACUGCUGAUACAUAUUGUAUAUUAAGUAACAUCUGUAAAAUCUAGUAAUAACUGUCCUGUUUUAACCUCCAUUGGCAUUUAUCUGUUGAGUUACAUACAUCCUUUGCUUUUAAGAAAAGUGUGUUUGAGAGAUGUUUGGGGCAGCACCUCCAGGUAUGCACAGUUAAUAAUUAUGCAGGAGGAUGUUAUACAGGGGGAUGUUGCAUUAGAGAUCUCUUUAUAUGCAUUUUUUCAGGGUGGAAGAUACAUGUGACCUGUCAGAAUUAUAUAUAGAGAGAGGUAGGAAUCAACAGAUAUAUAGUUGUUUUGUUAUUUGUCUUUAAUUUCAAGUUAAGUCAGACUAGUUAUGUUCUGUUGUUUGGACUUAAGGCCCCCUUGAAAACCAGCUUGGUCAAAACUCAAUGCUUCAUCAAGGGUCAUCCAGUUACGUCUGAAAAUUCAAUUAUAGAUGAACAGAAGUGAACAAAUCAGGAUUCACUAAAGCUGACAGUUUGAACUGAAUACCUGUGGUGUGUCAGUGGUACCGUGAAUGCAUUUAAGUCUGCAGGAAUUUAAUUUCACAGUAGCAGGAAAAUAGUGUUCGUUCACAGGAGCGCCAUAUGCUGUAGUCACAUACAGUAAUGGAAAAAUGUUUCCGGUGGUUUUGAAUUCCCAGCGAAGCGGCCACAAAAAUUGCAAACAUAAAACCACUCCAAGAGUUUCAGAAUCUGCAUUUACAUAAUCUCUGGAUCAAUGUGAACUUCAAUGUGUCAGAUACUGUGUCAUUUUGUAACCAGAAUCAAUGAUGUUGCAAGCAUCAAAUAAAGCCUCUCAAAGCAUUA